CUUUUGCAUUCUCUUGAGAUGAAUGAAGAAAAGAGAUCACAGCUAGAGAGAAAUUCGAGAGGUCAAAGCCUGUGUGAUUUAUGGGUAAAAGAGAGAAAAAAAAGGAUCACUGCAUCAAAUUUUGGAAGGAUUUGUAAAAUGCGCUCAACAACGUCCUGUCAGAAGUUGGUUGAGCAACUAUUGUACAAGCAAUUUUCAGGAAAUUCCGCAACAAGGAUGCAGCCAUUUCUUGCCGCUUCACCCGAUGGUGUAAUCGAGGGCUUGGGUUUAGUAGAGGUCAAAUGUCCUGCAUCAGCUAAAGACCUGACGCCAGCUGAUGCAGUUGUUGAAAAGAAAAUAAAGUUUUGUGUGCUGGAUGAAGAAAGGAAUCUAAAAUUAAAACGGAGCCAUUGCUACUACUACCAAAUCCAGGGACAGCUCCACAUAACACAACAAAAAAAUUGUUGGUUUUUGGUGUGGACUAACAAAGGCAUGUCCAUAGAGAAAAUCGUGAGGGACGACCAGUUUUGGGAAAACAAAAUGGAAAAACCCCUGACUAAUUUUUAUUUCAAAUGUGUAUUGCCAGAGCUCAUCGACCCAAGACACCCUCGGGGACUCCCAAUAAGGGAUAGGUUUUGAAAAGUUUUGUCGACGAAUAAAACUGAUAAAUUAUUGUAAUUAUUUAAUAAUUGGUAA